AUUAUGCAUCCUCCACCAAACUUUACUGUAGGCACUAUGCAUUCUAGCAGGUAGAGUUUUCCUGGCAUGUGCCAAAUUCAGAUUCGUCAGUCAGUCUGCCAGUUAGUGAAGUGUGAUUCAUCACUUUGCAGAACACAUUUCCACUGCUCCAGAAUCCAGUGGAAGCAUGUUUACACCACUCCAGCCAAUGCUUGCCAUUGCACAUAAUGAACUUUGGCUUGUAUGCAGCUGCUUGGCCAUGGAAAUCCAUUUUAUUAACUUGCGACACACAGUUGUGUGGAUGUUGCUUCCAGAGGCAAAUUCAAACUUUGUAGUGGGUGAUGCAACAGAGGGUAAGUGAUAGGGAUAUGCUAUACAUGUUUUAGGACUCAGCAGCCCUGCUCUAUGAGUUUGUGUAGUCUACUGCUUUGUGGCUGAGCUGCUGUUGUUAGGGUUUUUUUUUUUUUUUUUACACCACUUAGCAAUGGGUGUUACUGAAACACCUGAACUCAAUAUUUAGGAGGGGUCUCCACAUACAUUUAGACAAAUACUGUAUGUUUUGUACCUAAUAAAUAGGCCACUGAAUGUAUACUCCUUAUAUACAUAGCAACACUCAUAGCAACAUAACAGCACUGAAUGCUGAGCAUGUGGUAUCAUUCUUGAGUUAGUGUGUCAGUUUUCUGUUUGAUGUCAUAGUCUAAAAUUCAACUUAUUUAUUUAUAUAUCCUAUGUAUAUGCUUACUAUGUGUUUACCUUUCUUUUCACAUUCAGGCUGGUUUCAUCAGUACUUUACAAAGCCGAAAAAUGAGUCUAUUUCAGAUAACAGAAGAAAACACGUCCAGAACAAUGAGUCUUCUUCCGGUGUGAAAUCACCCAGUGUAAAUUCAUCCUAUGAUGCUGUUACACAUACAGACUGCAACUCCCCUGCUCUGAGUUUGUACUCCUUCUCCUAUUCUACAUGUUCCUCUCAGGGUUCGUCAAAGCCAUUCCCUACUGCGCUCAAUGCUCCAUUUCGUUUGACCUGCAGAUAUGAUGUGUGUGUGUGCCACAGUGAAAAAAAUAUAUCCCAGGCACAUUCUUUGGUCUCUUUCCUGGAGUCUCCUUCCAGGGGGCUUCGAUGUUACUUGCAAACACGUGACAGUCCACUGGGUGGUGCUGUUUCCACUGAACUUUGUAACGCUGUCCAGUCCAGCCAUUGCUGGGUGCUGCUAAUCAGUCCAAACUUCCUGCAGGAUGACUGGUGCUUGUACCAGAUGCAUCAGGUCAUCUGUGAAGGGCCUAUGUCUCAGAGGAUCAUUCCUGCUGUCUUGGACAUGCACAUCUCAGAGAUUCCACACGAACUGCGAUUCUUCUACACUGUGGACCUGAACAGGAACCAUGAGGCUGGCUAUGCUCAGGUGUACAGAACGGUUCUUCAGUACUUGAAGGACCAUACCGUUUCUCAGUCACAGAGUGGUACAGAAGAUCAUGUGGAAUUUAGUGGCAUGGUGGACUAUUAGGAACCUUUAAAAAUAUAUGAAUCUAUACUGACA